UCUGGCUCCACGAUAGGACCGCGAGGCUGCCGCGGACCCCGUGCUCUCGCGGGUAGUGAAGCGCAUGCACCGGGCCGCCCUGCUGCCGGACGAGGCGCUGGCCCAGGGCCUGAGGCUGGCCUACACCGCGCCUGGGGGCAGCUCGGAACCCCGCCUGGACACGGACGGGUUGGUCACGCUGUCGGUGUACCUCGACGGCGACGGCACCGCAGUCACCGAGGGCGCCACCAUGCAGGGAGGCCAGAGAGCAGCGCCUCCGACGCCGCAGGGGCGGGGGUGCUUCGGUGGCAAAUCAUGUGAGCCUCGUAUACCUUCGCGCUUCCGUCGUCAGAGAGUCGUGAGAGUGCACCUCUGUCGAUUAGCGUUUGGUCAAGG